GCUCGUUUCAUCUGGGCCUGAACCGCCGCCUCGAGAACCCACCUCCAGUGCCAGCGGCCGCAAUCUCUCCUCCCACCACCUGCGCGCGUCGUUUCUCUCCGGCGGCGUCGCUGAGUUGGUAAAAAGUUCGAUCCCAUGCCAGGCGCCAAAUCGGGCCUGGAUCGAUGAGCCGCCGUUCCUCGCCAGCGUCGGCGCCCCCGCUGGAUGACGAGGACCUCCUGGAGGAGAUCCUGCUCCGCCUGCCUCCUAAGCCGUCGUCCCUCCACCGCGCCUCCCUCGUCUGCAAGCGCUGGCGUGGCAUCCUCGCCGACCGCCGAUUCGUCCAACGCUUCCGCAAGCACCACCGGAAGCCUCCUCUGUUGGGCUACUUCGACAGAAAAUAUGAAGGGGCCGGCUUCACUGGGAUGUCAGGGUUCACCCCCAGUAUGAGCUCUAUCCCUCGUCUUCGCCACCUCAACCUCGUCGACUGCCACCAUGGUGUUGCCCUUUUUCUUGAUGAUGCGCUCGGCGAGAUCCUCGUGUGGAACCCUAUCGCCGGCGUCCAGCGCCACGUGGCUUUUCCACCUUGGCUCAACAAUCGCUGUGAUUGCGUGGUCGAGACAGCCACGGUGCUCUGCUCCGCCUCCGCCGAACUCCCGGUGCAUGGUGAUUGCCAUUUGAGCGCAUUUACACUAGUAUUGGUUGGGGACUAUCCUAACCAAGCAAAGGCAUUCACAUGUCUCUAUGAAUCCAAGUCUGACACAUGGGGAAAAGUUAUCACAACAGCGUCUCGAUAUGCGGUUUACAUGGACAGGCCCGGCGUCCUAGUUGGAAAUACACUUUGCUGGUUGCUUUACAGCGCAGACCUCCUUCAGUUUGAUUUGGGAAAUCAGAAGUUUGUUGUGAUUGAGAAGCCAGCAGACGCAUAUGCUCAUGUCAACUGUUGGUAUUUUCAGCCCUUGCGAAGAGAGGACGGCGGCCUUGGCCUGGCUGUUUGCUCAAAAAACCUAAGCAUGCAACUAUGGGCGAGGAAAUCCAACUGCGAUGACAUUGUGCCAUGGGUGCUAGAGAAAACAAUUCAGCUGGACGAUCAAAUUUCACAUCCCUUAUUUCCGAGCUUAACAAGAUCGGUUGGGAUGAUGGGGUAUGACGAGAACACAAAUGUGAUCUUCCUAUGUUUUGAAAAUCGUCAUCACUUCAUGCUCCACCUUGACUCGAUGCAGUUCAGAUAUAUUGGUACAAAAACGAACUGGGAUUAUAAAAUGUGUUAUCCAUAUAGAAGUUUCUAUACUGAAGAGGGGCCACAAUAAAAUGAGGAAGGUCUUGGAUC